UUGGGCGCAGGACUUUUUCUCUACAAUGUGAUGAAGCUAAACACAAACCACCUGGUAAAUACUUACAGUUGACGAUGAUCAAGCCAGAGCACAGCAACAAUGAAAUCUUCAACUACAAGCCCACGAAGUACAUGUGCACGCGACACUGUGAUCCGGGCUUCGGGUACUUAUGCUUGGACCACUUAGUCCUGACGCGUCUGGCUCGAGCUGUCACCGCUGUCAAAGAGCUACCACGCGCAAAACCGUAGCACUGAUAUGGCAACGACAGUAACCAGCCCGGCGCUUUCAUCCACAGACCUCUGUCUAGACGCACGUCCCUCACAUUCAAUGAGACGUGCGCCAGUCAAGCCGACAGAAGGUAAACUCAAAGGCAGGAGAAAACCCUAUCCCGUAUAAUAGUACCGACUUUCCCAGUUGUCUAGGAGGAACGUGCCCUCGUCCAACUCUACUCAUUCUUUAUACGACGUUGACAUACUACGGAGGAGGUAUUGACGAUGUAUACGAUAUCCCUUUUACUGUUGCUGUCCAGUCUUUUACACAGUUGUCUGGCACAACCUGCCUGUGAUGUUCAGUUACUGCAUUCGCGACUGUUGGCCGAUGUUAACUUGGCCAAUACAUUCUGUACACAAUAUCUGGCAUCGGAGUCGUUGAGCCGGAAGUUGGAGGCCGAAUUCGGCACCGAGUGCGACCUACGCCAGGAUGACUUGACCUUUGGUUGUUCUCUGUUCCAAGCAGCAUCUCAACUAUUUCAAUCGACUCAGGCAACAGUCACUGUCACCGUGACUGAGCCGGCUGCGACCUCGAUUGCCUCUCCUAAGGGCCACAACUGCACUCGCCACCAUGUCAAAUCACAGAAGGAGGCUGCGUCUGCGCCCCCGAAUUUCUACUUGACACCGGGUCCGAACACACCAGGAAAUCCUAGAUAUCGUCUCUUCAAUGAGAAUAUCCCUCAGCAACAAGCCCUUCCAGCUCUCAGCAGCCUCACCGCAACCAAGCCCAAUCCGUCCUCAUUGAUGACGAGUGUGCUUGCCAGCAAAAUUGCGUCCUCAACACUAUCUGCAACAACACCCGUUUCAUCGCUCAUGCCAUUGUUCACCUCACCGACGCCCGCAAGAACAGGACGUUGUAUCCCAACGGCACACCCACCGGCCGCUGACUAUCAUGUGUUUGAACCAUUGAUCGACCUCGCUCUACUCGAUCCAUCCACGGUCAUUACAGCGACGACUGUGUCAGAUCCCCAAGACGUCGACGCAGAAAACUGCUCACCCUACGUCAGCUUCCAACUUCCCAAAGAAACGGCAAGCUCGUGUCUACGGAUGAAGGGAACAUGGACCCCGAGAUAUUCAAAUGUGUAUUACGAAUGCAUCGCCAGGACACGGGCGCCGGAAUUUGAUCCAAUGGUGGUGGACAGUACUACUGGAUUCAACUUCAGCUCCGGCAAUUCGUUCUCCAUGUCAGCCAGCCGACAGUUUGGUCGACGACCAGAGAAGAAGUAUCGACAAUCAAGUAUGUUGCUGUACACCCAGAAAGACAAGUCUUAUGAGAUUGACUUUUGGGCCUGUGGAUCCGGAGGUAAAGUGCUGGUGUCAGAGUUGAGCUGCACUUAUUUUGGUGAAGGGUACACCAUGCAUGAGGAGAUGUGAAGAAGGAGAAUACGGGAAAGGAAUUGAGACCACUACAGGCUAAUAUGCCAGUGCAAAAGAAAGAACGAACGGAUUAUCUAGUUAGCAUUAGGCGGAGUUAUCGGUGAUGGGAAGGCAAUAUCAGAGGAUCGUAAAGCCUCACUUAUUAUUAUUAGGGACUAGGGAUUGGGGAUUACUACAAGAUAGGAUAUACCAAUAUAUACUUCACAUUGUACCAUAGCCAGAGAGUUGUUCUUC